AUGGCAAGAUCAAAACUCGAAAACGAUGGAUGGAUGGUGGGUGCUCUCGGCCGAAAGUUCAAAGAGAGGGAGAGAGAAGAGUGUUGGUUAAGUGAUGAAAGUUACCUUGCUUUUACGUAUGAUGCCACAAACUUCACUCCGGCACACGAAUACGAUUAUAUCAUUGUUGGAGGGGGGACUGCUGGUUGUCCGCUAGCCGCCACUUUAUCUGAAAACUAUUCUGUUCUUCUUCUUGAGCGCGGUGGUGUAGCAGGCUCUGAUCCUAAUGUUUUAUUCGAAACCAAUAGUCUAACGAAUGUUAUUAACGCAAACGACAGAAAUUCCACCGCUCAAUCUUUUACCUCUGAAGAUGGAAUACCAAACAAUAGAGGAAAUGUGUUGGGAGGUAGCAGCAUGGUAAAUUUUGGAAUCUAUUCAAGAGGUGACAACUACUUCUAUAACGUGUCAGGUAUCAAAUGGGACAUGAAAAAUGUUACAAAAGCCUAUGAAUGGGUAGAAGAUAGUGUUGUCUCAGUUCCAGAACGUUUAAACACUUGGCAAAAUUCUACCUUGCAUGCUUUAUUGGAAUCGGGAGUUCGUCCAGCAAAUGGGUUCACCGUUGACCACCUUCGAGGAACCAAAAUUACUGGUUCGACAUUUGAUGGGUCCGGGACGCGACAUGGUGCUGUAGAGCUUCUCAACAAAGCGAACCCUAAGAAUUUAAAGGUGGUGGUUAAGGCGACCGUUGACCGGGUUAUCUUCACACAUUCUAAAUUGUCAGGUGUAUCAGCGGUUGGUGUUGUUUACCAUGAUUUGAAUGGAAGUCGUCAUGAAGUACGUAUAAGAAAAAAUGGUGAAGUGAUAUUGAGUGCUGGUGCAAUUGGAAGCCCACAACUUUUGCUAUUAAGUGGAGUAGGGCCAAGGUCAGAUUUAUUAUCACAGAACAUUACUCUUGUUCAUGAUCAAUCUUAUGUAGGGCAGUUCAUGGCUGAUAAACCACGUACAGGAAUUUCUCUACUAGUCCCAUUCCCAUUGGCAGAUGUGGGAAGCCGAGUGGUUGGCAUCACAGAUGCUUGCCCAUAUAUCGAGUCCCUCUCGGGUGUGACCCCAUUUGAUUCUCCAGCAAAUCCAAUAAUUUUCCCCUAUCCAUACCCUCCACUGAACUUAAGUGUUGUAUCGAUUGCUGUGGAGGUCAGUAGACCUCUAUCAUUUGGAUCACUUAGUUUGAUAUCUAUGAAUGAUGUUACAGUUAACCCGAAAGUCCGGUUUAACUACUAUUCGAAGCUAGAAGAUCUUGUUCAGUGUGUUGAUGUUGUGCAUGCAACUGACAAAAUGUUGAGGACACAAGCAAUGGAGCUAUACAAGUUUACUAACCGUGAUGGUUCAAAGUAUUUCCAGUUUAUUGGUGUCCCUUUACCCGGAAAUCUAUCGAAUGAGGAUUCAGUGAAUACAUUUUGUCGUCAAACGUUGAGAACAUUUUGGCAUUUCACUGGUGGAUGCUUGGUGAACAAGGUUGUUGAUAGUGAUUUAAAAGUCACUGGAAUUAAUGCCUUGCGAAUCAUUGAUAGUUCAGUAUUUUCAGAUUCACCAGGAACCAAUCCUCAGGCAACCAUCAUGAUGCUAGGCCGGUAUAUGGGUGUAAAAAUACGCGGCGCAAGAGCAUAAG